GUGAUAGUUGCGUAAAUUCGAAUUAGUAUUCCCUGGAGAAGUGUUUUUUUGGCACUUUACCACUGGAUUUGUUGUGAGUUUGACGUAAAUCGGAGUACAAGCCUAGGAAAUUAAGAGAAAAUGAAGUGUUUAGUGUUAUUAGGUGUGUUUUCUGUGUGCGCCUUCACGGCAAACGCCGGGAAAGUGUAUUUUGAAGAGAAAUUCGGCGAUGAUUCCUGGGAGAAAAAUUGGAUUUACAGCAAACACCCUGGAAAAGAGUUUGGAAAAUUCGUGAGAAGCGCUGGGAAAUUCUUUACUAACCAAGAGGAAGAAAAAGGUAUUCAAACUUCUCAAGAUGCUAGGUUUUACGCCCUCAGCACCAAAUUCGCCCCUUUCAGCACCGAGGGUAAGGAUCUAGUCAUUCAAUUUACUGUGAAACACGAGCAAAGCAUCGAUUGUGGUGGUGGAUACGUCAAAGUAUUUGAUUGCUCUCUGAAACCUGAGGAUUUGCAUGGAGAGACUGCGUACAGGCUUAUGUUCGGACCGGACAUAUGUGGCCCUGGAACUAAGAAAGUGCACGUCAUUUUGAAUCACAACGACAAAAACCAUCUCAUCAACAAGGAUAUUAGGUGUAAGGAUGAUGAAUACACCCACGCCUACACCCUCAUCAUCCACCCGGAUAACACCUACCAGGUCCUCAUCGAUAACGAGGAAGUCCAGAAAGGCGACUUGGAAUCCGAUUGGGACAUCUUGCCUCCCAAGAAGAUCAAGGACCCCGAAGCCAAGAAACCUGAAGAUUGGGACGAUAGGGCCACCAUUCCCGAUCCCGACGACAAGAAACCAGAGGACUGGGACAAGCCCGAACACAUCCCUGACCCAGCCGCUUCCAAGCCUGAUGACUGGGACGAUGAGAUGGAUGGGGAAUGGGAACCACCCAUGAUUGAUAAUCCUGAUUACAAAGGCGAAUGGAAACCGAAACAGAUCGACAACCCCGCUUACAAAGGUACCUGGGUCCAUCCCGAGAUCGACAACCCCGAGUACUCCCCCGUUCCCGACCUCUACAAGCAGAACGAGAUCUGCGGUAUCGGUUUCGACCUCUGGCAAGUCAAGUCCGGCACCAUCUUCGACAACGUCUUGAUCACCGACGACCCGGCCAUCGCUUCCGAGGCCUUGGCCGGUCUGAAGGCCGUCCAGGAGGGCGAGAAGAGCGCCAAGGAGGCCAAGGACAAGGAGGAGGCCGAGGAGGCCAAGACUGAGGACAGUAACGGGGACGAGGAUGAGGAUGAAGAGGAGGCUGAUGAGGAGCACGAGCCGCAAGUCGAGGAAAGUCACGAUGAAUUGUAGAUGGUUGUGUCGAUGUAAUCAUCACUAAGAAAAGAAAAAAAAGACUUUUUUAUAUUGUUAGAGUGUGCGGUAUUUUUUUUUUGUUUCAAAUGGAGUGUCUACUACUACGCUGUUAUUUUGA